CCCCUUUUGGGUCCAUAAAUUGGUUCAACCCUACACUUUUACCACCUACGCUGCUCUGCUCUCUCCUCAUCGGAAGUAUCGUGUUUCUCACCUUCAGCCUCGUCCGCAAGAAGAACGGUUCGAUUGGGUCCUCUAGCCGUUCCUUCUCUGUUUCUGAUGACAAGCGCUUGGACAAAUAUGAGCUUUGCACUCAAACAUAGGGAUAUAGAAAGGGAAUGGGAGAAUCGGGGUGGAGUUAUGGUUAUUUUUUUAAAAUUAUUGGAGAUUCUUGCUCACUCAGAAGAUGUAUGCCUGCUAAAAUACUGGAAAGGAUGAGGAGAUCCAAUUUAGUUUCAAUAUUGUUAUAGCUUUGGAGCAUCUUGGAGCAAAUGAGCAAUGGAGCUUGUGGAGCACGGCUCACCUCAAGGAUUGCUCUCUUGACAAGCAGACUGCAUAACUAUCAAACAUGAGUGGCCGGUUUUCUCGCACAAUUUAUGUCGGAAACCUGCCUUCUGACAUAAGAGAGUCAGAAAUUGAAGAUCUCUUCUACAAGUAUGGUCGUAUAAUGGAUAUUGAAUUGAAGAUUCCUCCCCGCCCUCCAUGUUAUUGUUUUGUUGAGUUUGAUAAUGCUCGAGAUGCUGAAGAUGCAAUUCGAGGUAGAGAUGGAUACAACUUUGACGGUUGUCGGUUAAGGGUGGAGCUUGCUCAUGGAGGUAGAGGGCCAUCGUCAAGUGAUCGACGGGGAUAUGGAGGAAGUGGUGGGGGUGGAGGAGCUGGUGGCGGUCGUUUUGGCAUCUCACGCCAUUCUGAAUUUCGAGUUAUUGUUCGUGGACUCCCAUCUUCUGCAUCCUGGCAAGAUUUGAAGGAUCAUAUGCGAAAAGCUGGGGAUGUUUGUUUUGCUGAGGUUUCUCGUGAUAGUGAAGGGACUUUUGGCAUUGUUGAUUACACUAAUUAUGACGACAUGAAGUAUGCUAUUCGGAAACUGGAUGACACCGAGUUUAGAAAUCCUUGGGCACGAGCCUAUAUUCGGGUGAGAAAGUAUGAGGGCAGUCGUUCUAGGAGCCGCAGCAGAAGCCCCAGCAGGAGUAGAAGUCCGAAAAGGGCCAGAAGUAGAUCCGUGGAGCGUUCUGUGUCUAGGUCACGAUCCAGAUCACGAUCAGCAUCACCCAUCAAAUCUUCAAGGCCAAGAUCACGCUCACGGUCUGGAUCUCCUCGCCAGGUGCUGUCAGGUAGUGGAUGAAUUUCUAAAAUGACGCAGGUGGUUCUCUGGAGAUAUUGUCCCCGGUCUAGGCAGUAUCAGAAUUAUAUUUAAGUUGAUCUGAAUUGUUCUAAGGGCAAACUUGUGAUGUACCUAGGCUGUUUCUUGGUAAAUGUUUACCAGUUCGGUUAUUGUGUUGUUUCAUUCAAACAAAAAUGUUCGAUAUUAGCCUAGCGGUUGCGGUUGUACCUUUUAUAAAGUUGCUUUGACAAUUGUUAACACUUGCGAAGUAUAAUUUCAUUUUUAUAUCAGCUGCCUCGUCAACGGUUUGGUAA